UAGCAACGAUGGUCCACUAAAUAGUUUACCUUACAUGGGGUCAGCCAGUCUUUCUUUUAGUCUUUUUUAUCACGACUUUUUUUAUAACCCCCCUUUCUUUUUACGAUCUAUAUUCAGGAAAUGGCGUGUUUGGUGGACAACCUGAUGGAGGAUGAAGCUGAGAAGGAAAGACUACAAGCAAAACCCACCUGCUUCCUCAUAGUUGGAAAACCAGGUGUUGGCAAAUCCACCUUGGCCAAAAAAAUGGCAGAAUCCUGGAAGUGUGUUCUUGUUGAUGACACUGACCUGCUCACGACUCACAUAAAUGAUAUGACUGAGGAAGGAGUGGAGCUCCUUAGCAUAUUAUCUGAGGGCAAAAGCAUAACGGAUGAUGUUGUGCUGCAGCUGAUUCUCGCCAGACUCAACUCACCAGAUGUUAAGCAUUACGGUUAUGUCCUAAGCUGCCUGCCAUUUCUGUCAGACGAUCAUCAGAACAUUCACAAGCAGCUAGAACUGAUCCAGAACCUAAAGUUGCCCCCGGAUUUCGUCAUUAAUAUCAAGUGUCCGGAUAGCGAUCUGGUCCAGAGGCUGUCGGGUCUGAAGAAGCACCCAGAGACUGGACAGUCGUACAGCAGAGAUCAGUGGGAGCGUGAGGAGGUGUACGGCAGGGAGGAGGAGAACCAUGUGAAGGAGCUGGAGAGUGAGGAAGAGCAGAGGGAUGAGGAACUCUCAAUGGACAGCCUUGACACGCUGCUGUGGAUGCCGGAGAAUCUCCCUGCAAACACCCAUGACAGAAUUCACUUGUACAAUGAUUCAGUGCUGGCAAAACUGAAAGACUACAUGGAAGGCCAUAAUCCCAUGUACUUACUAGAGCUGGAUGGGAACAGCACACCUGAGGAGCAACUUCAGUGCGUGAUGUCUCGUCUGGGAUCCAUGGCUGUACAACCCGUCGCCGUUCCGGUGCUCCUAAACACCGCUCUCCUUGAGGAGGAGACAGAAGAUACGGAAGAUAUUUUGACAAGUUUAUCAUCUUCCAGAACAGUGGCCCCUGGUUUUUGGUGGAGAUGGAGCCGCUGGGGACAAACCUGUCCUGUGGCUCUGAAAGAAGGCAAGAACCUCACUGGCAGUGCUGAGUUUUCUGUGGGCUUUCAGGACAAACUGUACCUCCUGUCUUCUCGGGAAGCCCAUCAAAAGUUUCUCACAAACCCCAGACAGUACCUACUUCCUCCAAUGCCCAGAACUCCUUGUAGAGUGUCCAUCAUUGGGGCUCCUCUGACGGGGAAGAGCACUUUGUGCAGGCUUGUAGCUCAGCAUUAUGGAGGAGUGGUGCUUGAUGUGGAGGAGUUGCUGCAGCCGGUGUUUGCUAUGGCUGAGCAGGAAAGAUUUGAAAAAAUUAAAGUUGAAACAACGCGGGCUGCAAUCAAGAAAAUCAAGGAAAGUAAUGAAGAAAUGUUAGUGACAGAGAAUCAUCCAGCUGUGCAGGAAAUCCUCUUUAAUGCCAUGGAAGAGGCCAGAAAGUCAAGUUUACCUCCAAUUGACCUGUACGCCGAGGUUCUGGAAAAACACAUUAAAGAGAUUGAAGAAAAGGAGGUCUCCGAUAAUGAGGAUUGGGCUGGGUGGGUGCUUGACAACUUUCCUAGGAAGCUGUCAGAUGUUGAAGUGUUAGAGAAAAGUCAAAUCCUGCCAGACUUCAUCUUCUGUCUGAGAGACACUGCAGAGAAAAAAGGGAACAAAGACAUGAUAGACAGGCUUCUGAGAAAGAAAAAACUAUUAUUGCAAAAGAAGCUGGAGAAGCAUUCAAAUCUGCCAAAGGUUGUUGAAGAGGAUGAAGAUAAUCCAGAACGUCCUGCUGAUCCCCAUGAAAUAGAAAAUGCUGGAACACCAGAGGAGAUCUGGGAAAGCAGCUAUCAAGAAGAGAUUUCAGGUUAUGUACUGCAGACACAAGAGUUUGAUAAGGAAUGGGAGCAAAUGCAGAUUGCUCUACCAACCACCUGCUUUGAACUGGAGAUUGCUGGGAAAAGUCCUGAAAACCUGACCCAACAGAUUAUCUUUGAAAUGGAGAAGUCUUUUCAGUAUCAGUCCCACAAGUUGUCUGAGACUGACUUAGAGGAGGAGGAAAAUUAUUUCAAAGUCUUAGUUUACCAAGACGAGGAAAACAGAAGUGAUAUUUCUUCAGCAGAAGAGGAGGAUAUGCAGCCCAAAGCUAAAAGGUUGUUAGGAGAUACCAAGCAUUUCUGUCCAGUUACCUUAAAAAACCACAACGUUCUGCAUCCGUGCACCGAUGACAUCGCUGCAAGAUACCGCGAGAGGUUCUAUUACUUUUCCAGCCAGGAGGCCAGAGACUCUUUUCUUCAAAACCCUGCUCAGUUUGUUGCACACUCUGAGCCUCUCAAGCCUCCUGCCCUCCGAAUCUUCAUGCUGGGCCCCAGAGGAUCAGGCAAAUCCACUCUGAGCAAAUGGCUUGCAGAGAAGCUUGGGCUCUUCCACAUUCAGUUUAUCGAAGUGCUCCAGAUGAUGAUCAUGCCCAAGACAAAAAAGCGAGUGUCUUUGGUGGACGAGGACUUACCUUGGAGCGACAACUUUGGUGAUCUGGAGGCCUUGAACAAAAAAUUAAGGCAGGGGAGUGAGGACAAAAUCCCAGAGCAGGGGGAGUCUGGAGAUGACAUGACGACAGAAGAAAUAGCCAUCAAAGCGUAUCUGUCAACAGGAAAACCACUAAAUCCACAGAUUCUUGAUGCAGUUAUCAAACCCUUUUGGAAACAAGAACCAUACAUGUCUACAGGCUUCAUUUUGGAUGGCUUCCCUAACAGCUUUGAGGAGGUGCAGUACAUGCUGGAGCAGCAGCUCCUUCCUGAUUUGAUUACAGUUUUGGAAUUGGACGUGUCAGAAGUUCAGAGGCGUCUUUUGCCGGCCUGUCUGAAAAAAUGGCGAGAACUCAGCAGCUGUCACAAAAAACAGCUGAGACUUCUAUCUGAGUUGCGCAGGAAAAGUUGGGAGGACAUGAUCACAAAGAGAAUGACUGAUCUUAGACAGGCCAAAGCAGAGGAUGAAGAUGGGGAUGAUGUUGAUGAAGAAGAUGAAGAGGAUAUAGAGGCAUCUCUAAGGGAAGAGUUUCCUUUUGAAGAUGACGACCUGGAAAAUAUAGAGACUGAGGACGCAGCAACUCAGAGACUGGAGCUGGAAAUAGAUAAUCAGUUUCUAACGGAUGAAAAGAACCUUUCAGCUGUGAUGGAAAGCCUCAGCGAGCAUAAUAUUCCUCCAAUGGCAAUAGAUGCAUCUCGCAGACUCGUAACCGUUCAGCGCCAGCUGCUGCAGAGAGUCCAGCCUCUCCUGACCGACAGAGAGUCGCUCUUCCAAACAUGCCAACCCGUCUCAUCCAGGCUGGCAGAGAAGCUGCUGCUCUCCAGUUACAAGUUUCACAGUGGUUUUGGCUGCUCUGAUCCCGUCCAGCUCUACAAAGAAAGAGACAAAAUCCAGCCUCUCCAGUGGCCCCUCAACACAACCUAUCCCCUCCUUUUCAACCAGUACGUCUACUUUUUUGCAACCAAGGAGAACCGCGACUCUUUCAUGUCCAACCCUUUAAAGUACCUUCAGCAGCCAAAGCCUUCCCCUAAACUUCCAAUCAAAAUUGCGGUUGUUGGUCCGCCUAAAUCAGGGAAAACCUCAGUGGCGGAAAGGUUUUCCCAGAAAUACGGCUUAGAGCGGCUCUCCAUCUGCGGUUGCAUGAACACGGUCCUGAACAAUCAGGGGCAUACCGACCUCGCCUUGAAAAUGAAAAAGUAUCUCGUAGAGGGCCUUGCUGUGCCUGAUGAACUGGCCAUUCAGUGUCUGAUGGUGGCGCUCAUGCACUCCACCUGUAGCACUAAAGGGUACGUCUUGGAUGAUUUUCCAAAAACCCUAGAGCAAGCGGAGUUGAUGAGUUCUAACAGAUUCAUCCCCAUGGUCAUGACUGAGCUGAAAAUGGACUUUCAGGAGGUGCAAAUGAGAGGUCUGGCCGACAAGACCAACAAGCCUCACAUGUUGCAUGAAAGCUUAGAAAUUCUCAAAACGGCAGAUUUCAACUACAGGAAAGAAGUGGUGCUCAUUAGGUCUUAUGUCCAGGAACAAUAUCAAAACUGGCUUGUUCUUGAUGCCUUGAAGAGCAAAUGGUGGAUUUGGGAGAAGAUUGCAGAGGAGGUCAGCAUCAGCAUCAAAAACAUCAGCACUUACCUGGAGAGGGCUCAAGCUGGCCAAGCAACCUGCAUCUACAGAUUAAGCUUAACACCAGACGAGGUAGCGCGCGGGCUUGGAACGUUUGACCAGUACUGCCCUGUGUGUCUGGCUCGACAUUGCCACCUAGUGGACUGCUCGAGAACUACAAGCUUUGCUCUUGUAGCGGAGUAUAGGAAACUUUACUACAAGUUGUGUAGUGAAAAACACCUGGAGGAGUUCCUGUCAUCCCCUGAUCAGUUUGUGCCACCGGGGUGCCCCCACAUGCUUCCACAACCCCACCUGCUUCCUAAAAAACUGACUGAGGUUGAGGUGAAGAACAGGUUCCCACAGCAUCCUGAACUGAAGGGCUUCUGCCCUGUAACUUACCAGGAAGGAAAGCAGAGAUUCGAAGCUCUGGUUCAAGGAAAGGCUAAAUAUGCAGUAGAAUACAGAGAACAACUUUACGUCUUUGCGUCACAGCAGAAGCAGGAGAAAUUUUUGAGGACUCCAGAGGCAUUCUGGAACCAAAAGUUACCCAAAAAGGUUCCAGCUCUUUGUGAGCCUGUGCUGCUCACCUCACUGCCAACACUGGGCUACAUGGAACAGGGAAUGGCAAACCCUUUGAUCAAGGCCAUGACAGCAGCUGGGUGUCUCAGACCAAAGUAUCCUUUUCUCAGUGCACAGAAAUCAGUCCUCAUCUAUGUGGGUCUCUAUUUGAAAGCUUUUAACCCCAGGAGCAGUGAAUACUCACGUCAAAGAUGCAAAAAGAAGCUGGCUUCAUUUGAGGAGGACUGCACGCUCAUUCCAUACCUGAGCGCAAAGAUGAACUGUCUUCCGGUUGAGUUCUCUGUUGAUCUUCAGUUUAAACUGAACAAAUUCCUGGCUCUUGAAGGUGCUGCAUCUGUUUUGCAAUUUUGAGCACAGCAUGCCUUUUGUUUCAGUUCCUAAAUGCAAUGUCAAUUUUGUACAGUACAGUAAAUUUUGUUAAAGUAUGCUCAGGAACUGCAGGAAAUACAAAUUGAGAACAUGUUCAUUUUUACUGAUGUUUUGCUUCUUUACUUGACUGAUUUAGAAAUAGACAAUUUUCAAUAAAAAAGUAUAGCCUUCUAGUAUCGUUGUCAUAACACUUAAAAAGAGAUUUCUCUUUUUUCUAAUGAAUGCUGAGUGUGGUGGAUAAAAUGUGUGAUUUUAGUUUUCAUUUCCUGUCAAUAAAUAGUUUUUUAGGUCUAUCA